UCAGGAUAUUUUGGGGCCAUCACGCUCGGGGAACCGCCUCAGUCAUUCAAUGUAGUGUUCGAUACGGGAAGUUCCGAUCUUUGGGUGGUGUCAGCUAAUUGUACGACGGAUUGGAUAUGCCGGGAUCAUCAACAAUUUCAAAGUCAAGCUUCUGUUAGUUUCCGGGAAGAAAAAUUGAACAGUGAUUUGAUCGAUAUUCAUUACGGCACGGGCAAGGUGCGUGUUCAUGGCGCUCGUGAUACGGUGCAGGUCGCCGGUCUUGAGAUCCAAAACCAGGCCGUGGCACUGGCGACCGAACUAUCGACGGAUUUCUUGACCACGCCUUUUGAUGGGAUCUUUGGCUUGGGGUUGGCCAAUUUAAGUGAUUUGCGACAACAGCCUCCGUUUUAUUCCAUGAUACAACAGAACCUGGUGGACGCCUCCCUUUUUUCUUUUUAUACCCAACCUGCUGGCGGAGAAAUUGAUUUUGGUGGUAUCGAUACCUCACGGUACUCAGGCAACCUAACCUUUAGCAACGUGAUUGAUGACACUUUCUGGAUGGUGCACCUGGACUCCUUCACGUUUGGUUCCGAUGAAUGGAAAACCCGUAAAGUGAUCAUCGACAGCGGAACCACAUUGAUCAUUGCUACGCCUAGUGAUGCUGAAGCCAUUCACAGUCGCAUUCCGGGAUCUAAAUAUAACGGCGACACCACAUGGUCGAUUCCAUGCGACCUCAAGGAUACAUUGCCACCUCUCGUGUUUAACAUUGGCGGAGUUGAUCUGGUAAUUCCGGCGGAAGAAUAUGUGCUUCUACCUUACAACGCUCGCAGUUCCAUGUGCCUAUCCGGUAUCUCUGGAAAAUACUUUGAUCAACCGGACACAUGGGUUCUCGGGGACGUGUUUAUGAAAAACUUUUACACGGUGUUUGAUCUGGGUAACCGUCGUAUUGGAUUUGCAGAAGCGAACAAGGAUGCCACUUUAGGCAUGGAUGCAUACGAUUUUAUGUAA